GCAGUGCCCGUGGGGGGUAUAAAGUGGCGGAUUUCGAAGAGUUGAGGAAUAUGGUUUCUAGUUUUAGAGUUUCUGAACUACGAGUGUUACUAGGCUUUGCUGGACGGAAUAAAAGUGGACGCAAGCAUGACCUCCUGAUGAGGGCCCUGCAUUUAUUGAAGAGUGGCUGCAGCCCUGUGGUUCAGAUUAAAAUCUGAGAAUUAUAUAGACGCCGAUAUCCACGGACUCUUGAAGGGCUUUCUGAUUUACCUACAAUCAAAUCAUCAGUUUUCGGUUUGGAUGGUAGCUCAUCACCUGUAGAACCAGACUUGGCUGUGGCUGGAAUCCGUUCGUUACCUUCCACUUCAGUUUCAUCUCACUCACCGACCUCUCCUGUUGGUUCUGUGCUACUUCAAGAUACUAAGCCCGCUUUUGAGAUGCAGCAACCAUCUCCUCCAAUUCCUCCUGUCCAUCCUGAUGUGCAGUUAAAAUACCUGCCUUUUUAUGAUGUCCUUGAUGUCCUCAUCAAGCCCACCAGUUUAGUUCAAAGCAGUAUUCAGCGAUUUCAAGAGAAGUUUUUUAUUUUUGCUUUAACACCUCAACAAAUUAGAGAGAUAUGCAUAUCAAGGGACUUUUUGCCAGGUGGUCAGAGCGAUUAUACAGUUCAAGUUCAGCUGAGACUUUGCCUGGCAGAGACUAGUUGUCCUCAAGAAGGUAACUAUCCUAAUAGUCUAUGUAUAAAAGUAAAUGGGAAGUUGUUUCCUUUGCCUGGCUAUGCACCACCACCUAAAAAUGGAAUUGAACAGAAGCGCCCUGGACGGCCCUUGAAUAUUACAUCUUUAGUUAGGUUGUCUUCAGCCGUGCCAAAUCAGAUUUCUAUGUCUUGGGCGUCCGAAAUUGGAAAGAAUUAUUCCAUGUCUGUAUAUCUCAUACGACACCUGACAUCAGCCAUGCUAUUACAGAGAUUAAAAAUGAAAGGUAUUAGAAACCCUGAUCAUUCCAGAGCACUAAUUAAAGAAAAACUUCCUGAUAGUGAAAUUGCUACAAGUCUUCGGGUGUCUUUAACGUGUCCUCUAGGAAAAAUGAGACUAACAAUCCCAUGCCGUGCAGUGACAUGUACACAUCUGCAGUGUUUUGAUGCUGCCCUUUAUCUACAAAUGAAUGAAAAGAAGCCCACUUGGAUUUGUCCUGUGUGUGACAAAAAAGCUGCCUAUGAAAGUCUAAUAUUAGAUGGGCUUUUUAUGGAAAUUCUCAGUGACUGUUCUGAUGUGGAUGAAAUCAAAUUCCAAGAAGAUGUUUCUUGGUGUCCAAUGAGGCCGAAGAAAGAAGCCAUGAAAGUAUCCAGCCAACCAUGUACAAAAAUAGAAAGUUCAGCCAGUAAGCCUUGUUCUGUUACUGUAGCCAAUGAAGCAAGCAAGAAGAAAGUGGACAUUAUUGAUCUAACAAUAGAAAGCUCUUCUGAUGAGGAGGAAGACGCUCCUGCCAAAAGGAAAUGCAUCUUUAUGUCAGAAACACAAAGCAGCCCAACCAAAGGGGUUCUCAUGUAUCAGCCAUCUUCUGUAAGGGUGCCCAGUGUGACUUCAGUUGAUCCUGCUGCUAUUCGGCCUUCAUUAACAGACUACUCCGUGCCAUUCCACCACAUGCCAAUAUCAAGCAUGUCAUCAGAUUUGCCAGGUUUGGAUUUUCUUUCCCUUAUUCCAGUUGAUCCCCAGUACUGUCCUCCUAUGUUUUUGGAUAGUCUCACCUCACCCUUAACAGCAAGCAGUAUGUCUGUCACCACCACCAGCCCCCAUGAAAGUAGUACUCAUGUUAGUUCAUCCAGAAGCAGGAGUGAGACAGGGGUCAUAACCAGCAGUGGAAGUAGCAUUCCUGACAUCAUCUCACUGGACUAAAGAAGGAUGCACUUGAUUCUGGGAAUCAUUCAUCAGAACUA